AAGGAGAAAGGAUGUUUACUGACUUAGAGAAGAACGGGGCUUGGAGGCAGGGGAGGUGCAGAAGUGCUUUGCACAAGACUGAGGGGUUGGGGUUGUAGCUUAGUGGUAAAAAGCACUUGCCUCACAUGUGUGAGGCACUAGGUUCGAUUUUUAGCACCCCGUAUAAAUAAAUGAAUAAAAUCAAGGUCUAUCAACAACAAAAAGAAAAAAAGAAAAGAAAAGACUACUGAGAGUCUUGGUUAGGAAGGGGCAGCCAGGCCUGGGUCCUGUCAGAGCCGCAAACCUGAGUACAAGACCUGCAGGGCCUCCUCUGAGGUUUCUCUCCUUAUAGACAUUUGUAAAUGCCCUGGAGCAGACCUUACAUGUAACUAUUAUGUAGUAAGUCUUUUGGGGGAAUGAGCUGAAUAAGGCAGAUUGUUGCAGGUUCCCCGCUAAGAAGUCCUGGAAGGAGGGUAGACCAUAGGGAGGAAAGGACUUGGGACCAGCUGUCAGGAGAGCUGUGUCCCCUCUCCCAUUCUGUAUGACUACCACUUGUGACCUUCACUAAUGAAAAUAGCCUCUCAGAAAAGAGACUGAACCCCAGUCCUUCAGUUCUUUCUGGGCUAAAAAAAUAUCAACACAGUCAAUAAAAAGGAAUGUAAGUCUAGGAGCUUGCCAAAAUGUCUCCAUGAAUGGACUUUCCACCCACAGAGAAAGUACAGAUGACAGCCUUAGGGAAUAAUUAGUAAGGAUGAUAGGUAGAGUUCAUUUUUAUAAAGACAUGUUUAGGGGCAAAAAAGAUGAAAUGAACAAUUUUUGAUCCUGGAAUGGUGUGCAGUCCACUGGGGGAUGUCAUGGAUGGUAAGAAGGGUUCAAGGUAAGGAACAGUUAGGACCAGCUUGGCCAGAACCCUGGUUCUGAAACUUACCUACAUAUUUGCAACACCUAAGGAACUUUAAAAUACAAUGAAGCCUACUUCCCCCUAGCUCUACCUAUUAAAUAGGUUUUGGCUGUGACCUGGGCACAAGGAUAUUAAGGACUUUCCAGGUGGUUGUCCUAAGCAGCCAUGGUAGAGAAGAACUGAUCCUGUGUUCCAAAGACCAAGCCAUGUGUGUUGGGGACAAGGAAAACUUCCAGUAUAAGGAGCUUUCUGGGGCUCACAGUCUUCACUACAACCUCACAGUGAGGUUCCAAGGUGGAUCAGUGCAAUCAAGGUCCUUCGCUGAGGGUUAUUGGGACCAUCAUCUCUUCCUUCAGUAUGAUAGUGAAAAUCAAGGAAGUGCAGAGCCCCGGGGGCCAUGGGCAGAAAAACCUUUGGGCACUGAGAGCUGGAACACAGAGAUGCAGGACUUGGCAGAGCACAUCAAGAAUCUAAAAGUGACCCUGGCAGAUAUCAAUGCCUGGCAGGAGCAGAAAGGAGGGUCUCAUUCCCUCCAGGAAACUCGGGGCUGCAAGAUUCAAGAGGACAACCGCACCAGAGGUUUCUGGAAUUUCCACUAUGAUGGGGAGCCCUUCCUCUCAUAUCAUCCAGAGACUCGCAGCUGGAAGGUGCAGCCAUCCUCAGCUCAGAACUUGGCUAUGGAAGUCAAGAAUUCCUGGGAUGCAGAUGGCAUGCAAAGCAAGGAUUACUGGGCCCACGUGCAUGGAGAGCUUUGUGGAAGACUUAGGAGAUAUCUAGUUUCCUGGAAGGGCUCCUCCCACUCCUCUGGAGCCUCUGCCAAGGGGACCUUGUUGUCUCCAGCAGUGAAUGUGACCUGUGAUGAGGCCUCAGAGGACACCAUCCAUGUGACAUGUUGGGCUUUGGGCUUCUAUCCCCAGGAUAUCUCUGUGACCUGGCAUCAGGAUGGGGAACCCCUGAGCCAGGACACACAGUGGUCUGGGGGUGUCUUGCCAUAUGGAAAUGGAACCUACCAGACCUGGGUGUCCACCAGUAUUCCCCAAGGACAGGAGCAGAGGUUCAGCUGCCAUGUGGGACACAGCAGGAAUACCAGCACUGGCUCUGUGUCCUGUGGUGAGCCUGGGGGUCCCAGCAGGGGUUCCCAACCAGGGACUGCACUGCUGUUCUCAAUCCUAUGGAUCAUCUUCCUAUGUGUUGCUGCUGGUGCUGUUCCUCUUGCUGUGAUUCUUGCUUGUGUCUUUUGCUACAAGAAGAGGAGGACAACAUCUGCUGUGGAGUGUUCAGAUCUCCUAAGCCUACAAGUCUGGAAUCAGCAGCAGAGGGCACCAAGAAACCACACUGGACCCAAAUGGCUGGGAUAUCAGCCUUUGCUGAGAGCUCCUUGAACUUCUCAGAGAGAUUAGACUGUGCAGCCCUGCUCUGGCCAGCACUUCCCCUCUUGGUGCUUUGGUUUCCUCAUCUCUACAGUGUGGAAACACAUGUUUACCUACUGUGGGGCUGGGGGUAUAUGUGAGGUUCUUUAUUUGAGGUUCUUGCAGCUGUGCUGUACUAGAUAUCCUUAUUAUUUCAUUAUAUUUUAACAUAUUAUAUAUACUAUUGUGGUUUUAAUAAGUGAGGUUUAUUUGUAAGUGUCCUUGUUCUGCCUCUUCCCAAGAAACCUAAUAUACUGUCAUCCUUGAGUGUUGAGGGCCCUUCAAACCCUCUCUGAUUCUCAGUCUUAUCUCUUGUCUGCAACAUUUUACACUAUAAAUAUUUAAAUACUUUAAAAUAUGAAGCAUAUCUGGUCUGUGUUUAUGUCCCAGCAAGGGACAGUGUGAAAGGGUCAGCAAAAAUGACAUUUUGUCUCCAUGUUUGACAGUGGGUUCCCGAACCCAUUCUGUGUAUUACCAUGACUGCAAUUUAAAAUAAACAA